AUGAAGUGUUUAUCCAUCUCUCUCUGCAUUCUUCUUUCUCUGUUCUCUUUUCAAUGUGUAUCAUCUAGAAAUGUAUAUGAGAGUGACAUACAACAAGCUAGCAUCCCACCAAGAGGUUGGAAUUCCUAUGAUUCCUUUUGCUGGACUAUUUCUGAACAAGAAUUCCUACAAAAUGCCGAAAUUAUUUCUCAACUUCUUCAUCGUCAUGGAUACGAGUAUGUUGUGGUGGAUUAUCUCUGGUAUAGAAGAAAAGUUGAGGGGGCUUUUCAUGAUUCUCUUGGGUUUGAUGUGAUUGAUAAAUGGGGGAGGGUGAUUCCUGAUCCAGGAAGAUGGCCUUCUUCGAGUGACGGGAAAGGGUUUAGCCAGGUGGCGAAUCGAGUGCAUAGCUUGGGUUUGAAGUUCGGGAUUCAUGUUAUGAGAGGGAUAAGCACACAAGCUGUCAAUGCAAACACGCCUAUUCUAGAUACAAGGACGGGAGGGGCUUAUCAAGAAUCUGGUCGACUGUGGUAUGCAAAAGAUAUAGCAAUCCGUGAAAGGGCUUGUGCAUGGAUGCCUCAUGGUUUCAUGAGUGUAAAUACAAAUUUGGGCGCUGGCAAAGCUUUUUUGAGGUCCCUUUAUCAGCAGUAUGCUUCAUGGAAUGUUGAUUUUGUGAAACAUGACUGUGUAUUUGGCGAUGACUUGGAUUUAAAUGAAAUAAGCUAUGUAUCAGAGGUUCUCCGGGAGCUUGAUCGCCCCAUUGUCUAUUCAUUGUCUCCUGGAGCCAAAGUUACACCAGCCAUGGCCAAGGGUGUCAGUGGACUGGUCAAUUUGUAUCGCAUAACGGGGGAUGACUGGGAUGCAUGGGGGGAUGUCAAAUCUCAUUUUGAUGUAUCAAGAGAUUUUGCAGCUGCGCAUAUGAUAGGGGCAAAAAGUUUAAUGGGGAACUCAUGGCCGGAUUUGGACAUGCUACCAUUUGGAUGGCUAACUGAUCCUACUAGUUGUCAGACGUCAAAUACAGGUCCACGUAGGUAUAGUAACCUCAACCUAGAAGAGAAGCGGACACAGAUGACCUUAUGGGCAAUGGCGAAGUCUCCCCUUAUGUAUGGGGGCGAUGUACGGAAGAUUGAUCCCACAACAUAUGGUCUUAUCACAAAUCCCACCCUGCUGGAGAUUAAUUCUUUUAGCUCAAAUAAUAUGGAGUUUCCUUAUAUUGCAAGCUUGAAGAAUGAAGAUCAGGAUUCUGAAAAGCAAAAGAGAAGAAGCUAUAGAGAAACAAAAGGAUCAUAUACACAUUCAUUAGGCCUCACUAGCUGCUCUGAGUCAAAGGCAAGUGGUUGGACUAGUGAGAGUAUUAGUCAAUAUCCUGAAAGAAUCUGUUGGAAAAGGAAUUUAGGAAACAAGCAUCUUGCCCCCUUCUGCAUGCACAAGAGGGAAAUGAACUUUGCAUUAGAUGAAGAGAAUAUAUAUCAAGAUUAUCAUCAUUUAGUUGCACUGGACAGAAUAAAAUUUUGCUUGGAUGCUUCUCCAAAACAAAACCUUACUUCCAAAGAGUUCAAGAGAGGUACAUUUUCAUCCUGCAGGUGGGAUGCAAAUCAGAUGUGGCGGUUGAAUCGUAAUGGGACCUUGGUAAAUAGCUAUUCAGGCUUAUGUGCAACAGUAGAGCCUGUUAAAGCUACUGUUAAUUCUGGUGGUUUUCGCGCUUGGGUAGCAACCGGAAGAACAGGAGAAGUGUAUGUUGCUUUCUUCAAUCUAAGUGAACAGAAGGCAGUUAUAUCUGUACAUACAUCAAACUUAUUUAAGGUUUUGGUUGGGAGACACUUAAGUUUUUGUAAAGGCAGGGAAGUGUGGAGUGGAAGAGACAUUGUAAUAACGCAAGGGGUGUUAUCAGCGGAAGUGGAAAUGCAUGGAACUGCACUAUUUGUUCUCAAUUGUAACUAG